AUGGAAUUCUCUUGCGUUGCUGCUGGGUCGUUCCACCAGGGAGAUCCCAGAUUUACCGAGAGCAACAACGCUCAAUGCAUGGCAAAUGCAACCUGUGCCCUCGCAUGGCAAGCAUUCUGCGGCGGAUUCAGUACCAACGCUAUUGACGCUAUACUCAUGGCGGGCGAUAGCUUGUAUACACUAUCUCGCCGUGAGCAUAGCAUCACUAACCGGUAUCUGUUCCCUGAGGACCUCGCCAGGCACUUCGUGGUUGCACACCAUCGUGUUACCAUCGAAGAAAUUUCUUGUGUUUGGGACGGGUUGUAUCCGUUACGAAACGAUGGCCUAGAUGAGGUGACCUCUUCCUUGUCUUCGGUUUUGGAAGCAGCUAUGCCCGGUGACUCCGUUGAUAGCGGUUUUUUGUUUACGGGACAGUUGGUGACAGUCGCUUUUUGGCGUUUCCAAGGGCGGCUGUACCUCUUUGAUUCCCACGCGGUAAACGAAAACCGUCGUCGAGACAUUGAUGAGGCGAGAAAUAAGGCUAGGGUGUUCGUCUGUAAUAGUUUUCGUUCUCUAGCUUCCCUCAUUUUGGUGAAUUCUGCGUUCGUCGGUGGGCAGUACUCCGUCACAAAAAUAAAGUUUUCCGUCAACGAAACUCAAACUGUCCACACGGUCGACUGUUCGGACAAUGACUUAACUCAGUUAUCAGAAUCUGCCUCUGAGACAGUUGUUCAGAAAACCAAAUGUCCUGGUAGACCAAAAACAAUAAAGCGUGGUCGUCCAAAGCUUUUAGACACGACCCGAGAAGAGCAAGUGGAUGCGGCGAAGAAGAAGUAUAGGGAGACGCACGCUGACAAACUCCGGGAUGACAGUCAACGUUACACUCAAACCCACCCUGAGGUGCACCGAAAGGCUGUUCAGCAAUACGACCUGCGUAAUCCCGGUGCUUCUGCUGAGAGAGUUCAGAUUUUUCGCCUGAAAAAUCCGAAAAUGUCUGAACUUCGCUAUAUGCCCGCAUCACUUGCUCGGUCCGUAGUCAAAAAUGGCCCCAUGUCUGUUUGGAAUGGGGAGCCACUCAAUGAAAUACAACCAUACAAAUUAAAAAAAGUCAGUCUCUGGGUUGACGACGUUUACAGAUGUCGUCAUUGCCAAGCACGGCUCUUCGAGGAGGAGAAGAAUAGAAAGCAAUGGUGCUGCGGGGAAGGAGCGUUCAAUGUUCUCGACAUUCCUCCGUUGCAAGAACGCUUUUAUUCCGACCGUCUCUUCCUGGAAAGAGCCCGUGCGUACAACGACCUGUUUGCUUUCUGCGCGCUCGAAGUGUCAGGCGGGUAUCGUCAUCCCAGUGGUCUUUCUUUUUUCAAGAUCGAGGGAAGAAUGUACCACCAGGUCUACAAUCUGGACGCCCCAGGACAAAAGUUCACCACUCGUUCUGGGAACGUUCAGUUUGUGAAUCGGUCCCGCCUGUAUAUUGACGAUGGCGAAGAGCGCCGUAACAUUGCGAUGGGUAGAUCGCUUGAUGCCGAGAUCAUCGACGGUAUUGCUGAUUUCCUGUCUAGGGAAAAUCCUUACAUUGAGCAUUACCGUCGAUUGAGCAACGAGCCUUCCGUAACAGCUCACUUGGCUUUUGAAGUAACAAGCAGGUCUACCCAUGGCCCUGUUCUCGGUGAUCGGCAAACAGGCGUCGAAGUGCACGCCGUGCUCAGCAAUGAUGAAAACGACACUGAGCCCCGGAGACUGACUAUAUGGAAAUCCGGUUCCGAUAGACCUACAUUUAUUGAUCUUUUACACCCCCUAAUGGAACCUUUCCAAUAUCCCCUACUUUACCCGCAAGGCACUGUGGGAUGGCACGUUGGCCGCCUUGAUAACAAGGGUGCCAAACUGACUCAAUUUAAGUACUCGCGGUGCCUCCUACUUUCUGAACCUCGCUUCUCUCACCUAGGCCGUCUCUCACAAGCUUGGCAGGUUGAGAUGUUCGCGAGGUACGAGGAGGAGAAACUGCGUUACAUUAAGUUUACGCAGCUGAAGAACACCGAUAGUGCCUUGCGGGUGGGGCCGGUUGACGAGAUUCGGAAUGCACAGCAGGUCUUGAACGACAUCGCUCGUGAUGAAACCGUCCAAGGCGAGGGUGGGGUGCAGGCAGGAAAAGUCUACCUCCCAAGUUCGUUCACCGGGGGGCCCAGGUACAUGAAAGUAAAAUACGAAGACGCUAUGGCAAUCGUAUCGCGCCUGGGUUCCCCCACUUUCUUUUUGACGUUUACUUACAACGCGACUUGGGAGGAAAACAAGAAAGCUUGCCCUCGUGGAGGUACUCGCAGUGACCCUAGCACUGCUUGCAGAGUUUUUAGGAUCAAACUUCUGGAACUUCUCCGAGACCUGCGCAGCGGAGCAAUGUUUGGACGCUCUGUCUAUAUCGUCUACGUCAUCGAGAUGCAAAUGAGGGGCCUUCCUCACGCCCACAUUGUAUUCAAGAUUGACGGCGACGGACCAGUUCAGGCGUCCGAAAUUGACUCCAUCAUCCGCGCGGAUAUUCCCUCGGAAGAAGAGGCCGGAGGCCGACUGAGAAAGUUGGUCCUCAAACACAUGAUCCACGGUCCAUGUGGUAAUGAUCAUAGGACUGACUUUCUCUGUUGGGACUCUGCAAAGGGUUACUGCACCAAAUACUUCCCCAAGCCCUGCUGUGAAACCACCCACGUCGACGAGAGGGGAUUCGUCCAGUACAAGCGAGAUUAUACCAAUCGGGGGACAAUUGUAUCACGCAAUAAGAACAUUAUCGUACAUGACGGUUGGGUUGUGCCUUAUAAUCCCGCACUGAUGUUGAAAUACGAGGCUCACAUCAAUUUGGAGCUGGCGUCUACUCGCCGCGUGAUUAAGUACCUCUUCAAAUAUCUUAUGAAGGGAGGAUCUCUCCAGAACGUCACAGUUACUCCCUUCAGUAAGCAAGAUGAUGAGGUACAGCAUUACGUGACGAAGAGAAUGGUGGGUGCCAGUGACGCGUGCUGGCGUUUAUUAAACUUUCCAGUAUCAGAAUCUGAGCCGGCUGUUGAAUGUCUUCCCGUCCAUCUGGAGGGCAAGCAGUCCGUCCUGUUUAGACCUGGCCAACUGGCAGAGGCAGCCGCUAGGAACAGCUCCAAACUCACCAUCUACUUUGACCGGCCUCGUAUUUCACUGUUUGACGACCUGACUUAUCAGGGGUUCUAUGAAACGUUUGUGGUUCAUGUCAAGCGCCCAAAAACUGCGGAGAUAUACGAGCACCCCGAUGGCGUCCAUUUUAUCACUGCCCGACAGCGUGGCGAGAAGGUGUGCAGACUGUUUUGGGUCUCACCGAGCAGGACAGAACAGUAUUACCUGCGUAUCCUGCUUAUGACUGUAUCUUGCCGUGGUUAUGCCGACCUCCUGUCCCGCGGUGGACCAAACUGCCGCACUUUUCAAGGGGUCGCGCGGCAUCUUGGCUUGGUGCAAGACGAACAGGAGUACCACUACGCACUGCGCGAGGCCGCCACUUUCAUGACUGGCCCGAGACUUCGUUCUUUCUUUGUGAUCCUCUGCAACAUGGGGGCUCCUGCAGCUCUCCUGUGGGAUGCUUUCCGUGAUUCCAUCUGCGAGGACCACAUAGAGCGUAAUCCUCUCGAUGUUGAACUGGCCUACAAGCUAGGUCUCAUCGAUAUUGAUCGGAGUCUUCGUCGGCAGGGUUCUUGCGUCGCAGAUCAUGGCCUCCCCGAUGUACACGAUGACACGACGGAGUUGGGCAGAGAACUGCUCUUACAUGGUGAAAAUCAACAGAGAGUGUUUGUGGAGGAGUGGGUGCCAAAGCUCUCUGAAGAUCAAAACCGCGUAUUUGAGUACGUUACCUCCGUUCUCAAUGCCCCUGCCAGCGGAACGUCGUCGAAAAUCAUUUUUCUUGACGGCCCGGGAGGCUAUGGGAAGACCACUCUGAUUCGUGUCAUUCUCGCAUACGUGAGAGGUUGUCGUCAGGUUGCACUGGCAGUCGCUAGCUCUGGGAUCGCCGCGGGUAACAUGCCUGGUGGAACUACAGCUCACAGCAUGUUCCGGUUGCCACUCGACUUCGGUGACGGCACCGGCUUUUGGAACAUCACCAACGGCUCCCAGCGAGCAGAGCUCAUCAGGGCCGCAAGGCUCAUUGUCUUUGAUGAGGCCCCGAUGGCACAUCGGUUCGUUUUCGAGGUUCUUGACAGAUCCCUGCGAGACCUCAUGCGUUCCAGUGAGCUAUUCGGUGGUAAAAUAUUCCUCUGUUGUGGCGACUUUCGCCAGAUCGCGCCUGUCGUUGUAAACGCUCGUACUCCAACUGACAUUGUUUGUGUCUCACUUCGGGCUUCCCAUCUGUGGCAGCAUUUCAAAAUUUUUGCCCUGACAACAGCUCAUCGGACUAGUAGUUCCACAGCCUAUUCCGAAUUCCUUCUUAGGGUAGGCAACGGAACUGUCAGUUCGACCACUUUCUUGGAGGGACGGAACGAACAAAGUCUAAUUCCGCUGCUCGGGAUUAGACAAGUGACGUCUUUGACUGAUUUGGUCGAUUCCGUCUUUCCCGCAAACGUCCUACUCGACUCUGAUAUGUGUUCGCGACGCGCAAUCCUCUCGACUCUGAUAGUGAACGUCAAGGAGAUCAACGACCACAUCUUGAACUCCCUCGACGGUCAUCUGUACGAGCUGAGGAGCGCCGACACAGUCGACAGAGAGAACGACGAUGGCCUGGAUGUCGACGUUCAACUCCUGAACACGGCUACUGGCAAGGGCGUACCAGACCAUGUUCUGCGGCUGAAGAUCGGUUCUGUUUGCCUCAUUAUGAGGAACCUCAACAUCGCUGAAGGACUCGUCAACGGCACUAAAGUCAUCGUAAUCGGCAUCACCAACCGCCUGAUUACAGUGAGACUUCCCGGACAGACGCAACCUAUCGGAAUUCCCCGGAUUACCUUUACUUUUGCGUUUGUCGAGGGUUCGCCGUUACGUGUUCGUCGACGUCAGUUCCCACUGAUGUUGGCCUAUUGCAUGACCGGACACAAGAGCCAAGGUCAGACAAUAGAUUCAGUCGGUGUUGAUUUACGGACCGAUUGCUUCACGCACGGGCAACUAUACGUCUUGCUCAGUAGGGUCAGACAUCCAGACCAUAUUGUUGUUCUCGUACACCCCGAACGUGUCCGAGAUGGAAUCGCAUACGCAAAGAACAUCGUGUAUGGCGAUCUCCUUCUCUAA